AACUUCGUAAUAUCAACACGUUGUGAUAAUUGCUUACCGGUGUCUACAAGAAGCGUACCUUGCCAAGUUUAUAAAAAAUUAUGACGUUGUUUCACUUCGGAAACUGUGUAGCAUUAGCGUAUGUUCCAUACGUUUUAGUAUACAAAUGUUCGGGAUUAUCAGAGUACAGUGCAUUUUGGAAAUGUGUCCAGGCUGGUGGAGCGUACCUGUUCACACAGCUGUGUAAAAUGUUGGUGCUAGCUACAUUCUUUCCAACCACAGAGGUACCAACAGGUUCAUUAGACAUCCUAGGGGAGCUGAUGAAAUGCACAGUGGAUUUAGCAGAUCUGAUUGGUCUAUAUUUUGUAAUGUCAAAGACAGCAGGCAAAGGUCAGCUCAAGUUUAUGAUAGCAGGGCUUGGUUGGGCGACAGCUGAACUUGUGAUGACAAGAUUUUUACCAUUGUGGGUUGGUGCUAGAGGUGUUGAAUUUGAUUGGAAAUACAUUCAAAUGAGUUUUGAUUCGAACAUUAGUUUGGUACAUCAUAUUUGUACAGCAAUGUUGGUAUGGUUAUAUAACAGGAAUGAUCUUAAUAAGUCAUUUGUACCUGUUGUGAUGGCUUUAUUAGGAUUGAGCUGUUACAGACCACUAAUUGUAGAGAUUUUAACACAUGCAGUGGGACUUGGUUCAUGGACUCUACUGGUAGCUAAAGCUUUCUUUACCGGACUAGUGGGUACUAUAGCAGUACAGAUGUACCUGGGCAUGGCAACACAGGCUGUCAACUCAUAUUAUUGAUAGGGUAAUUUUUGGAGGAAAAUUGUCACCAAACACUUGCGUUGUUAUUAUGAUUAUGAAAGACAGAACAAUAUGGAAAGGAGGAAACAAAACAUUGCUUUUAGCUUAGCAUGAAAAAGAAGAUUGAAUUGUCACCCUAUGUUCAUAUGAUUCAAUGCAAUAAAAUGUGUUUUGCAGGGGAUUUUGUAAGAAAAAAGUGUUAUUCAGUUGUAUCUGAGAUUUUGUCAAAUUGAAAAAUAUAAAUAAGAUUUUCAAAAUGUAUGUUGUAGUUUUGUACAAUGGUGUGGUUUUGAAUUUUUUUUUUCUUGUCAAUUAUUUUAUGAACAAAUUCAUGAUGAAAAUUAUUUGUGAAAAUAAGCUUUAAAUUCAAAUUAUAACUUAUAAUUAUCAGUGAAUAUAAAUCGAGAGAUUUGGUAGAUAGAUCUUUAGUUUGUAAAAAUGAAAUUGUACCUUCAUGUCCAAACAUUAUAUUAAAAUUGUGAAAGUCUCUAUACAUUAUUUGGAUUGUUUUAUGUAUUUUCCUUUUAUACAUUUUUCUUUCACUUUUGUAAAUUUUAUUUCUAGCAGUAUCUACAUGUACUUCAUAUGUCAAAUAUAAACUGGAGAGUAAAACUCAUUCAUUAUUUAUUGUAAAAUAAACAAUGAAAAUAAUAAAAAAGUUUCAUUAUUUAUUA